CGCUUUACUUUCAUUAUUGAAAUAUAUAAUGAAAGAAAGUGUAAAAUCGGUGAAUUUAUUUAGUUUUAUGUUGCAGUUUGGUAUUCUGAGCAGUUGCAUAGAAUAGGUUGCUCUGAAGAAAAACAUAUCUCGACGGGGAAUCGAACCCAGAACAUCGAUCACUGUCCAAUUCUUUCUAGGACCAUCGAAUUCUGCAGCUGUGAGUGCGACAGGACUGUCUUCGCGCCAACAAAGCAGCAAUUCCAAUGGAUUAAGCGGGACGAUUUCAGCAUCUGCGGUAACAGGGCCAUCGAAUUCUGCAACUAUUAGUGCGACAGGACUAUCAUCGCGCCAACAAACCAGCAAUUCCAAUGGAUUAAGCGGGACGAUUUCAGCAUCUGCAGUAACAGAAUAUUUGUUUGAUAUUGAACGAAAAUUUGAUUUAUAA